UUAUUCCAUUUCAUUCCACGUUUGAUGUCAAUGAUGCUGCUUCUCUUGGUCACUUUGUCCUGUCUGGCGGCCAUCAAGGCUGAACCCGAACCCUGCUGUAUUACCAAUAAAUGGUCAGCCACGAUGUUCGACGUUAACCAGCCCUCCCAAGGAAAUAGUAUAACGGCUGACUUCUUCUACGACUUCGACAGCCUAGCCACUGCCACCCAGUACUAUAAGUACGGAUCAUCUCAACGUGUGAAGUCAAACAGAGUUGUCAUGUCGUUCUCCAAGAGAGAACGCUUCAUGAUCGACGCUGACGGCACAUGCACCAAGGUUGCCGACCCUAACACGUUCCUGCCAAUAUGCAUCCCAACCGUGAGAACAUACCUUGGCUCCAGCUAUGUCGGCACCGAGGCAAGCGGACUGGCAACGGACACCUGGUUCUUUUCAAUCAACACCCACAACUACACCAUGAGCUAUACAAACCCCGGCUGCGUCCUAACAUUCCAGGGAGUCGUCUAUACACAAUCCCUAGAUAUUGUGGUAUACUUCAACGGAUAUAAAGCAGGCAUCACGGAUCCAGCUGCUUUUGACAUCCCGGCCUCCUGCCUAUAGCAGGGCAUCUGCAGUGGUCAUUGUUUAUUUGUUAUCACUGUUGUUGUGUGUUUAAUUUGUGUAAUAUUUACAAAUGGUUUUUGAUCAAUACAUAUCUUUCAAAGUA